GCCGCGAGCGAUUCUUCUUCUUCCCUCUCCCUCCCGCACAGGGUUCGAAACGAAGCAAGAAAGAGUGCAAGGUGUAGUGGUGCGUCGAGACCCCAGAAAAAAAAAAGUGCACGCGACACCGGUGCCGACCUUCGAAGUUCACCGUCGCUUCUCCGGCGUCCGAGACCGUGGUGGGGAUGUUCCGUGAGUGAGAAUCUUCCCUACCGUGGAGGCGGCGGCGACGGGCGGUGUGAAAGGGGGGAGCUGACCGGAGGAAAGCGCUGCGGCGGCGGGUGGGCCAGCGCCAAACACCUGUUGGUUUGAACACCGGCGCCGAGGACGUGGUGGAUCGCACGCGAAGCCUGCUGCGCACGCCGACGACGACAGACGGCCCGGGUUUGCCGCCGCGGAGAGUGUGACGCGACCGGUCGUCGACGUCGCGCAGCCGGCCGUGAGGAAGACCGCGACGGGAUCCCAGCGCGGGCGCGUGGGCGCGCCGUGACCGCGACCUGGAGGUCCCCCCCUUGGCUCGGUCCCGCGGCGGCGAUGGUUGCGCGGCUUGCCACCUGCUGCUCGAGGUGAAUGCGGCCCGGCGGCCCGCUGGUCGUCGCCCGUCGGCCCUCGCAUGAGUCGGCGCCGUCGUCCGUGCUCGGCGGCGAGGAAGAAGCGCAGGCGCGUCCGUGACGGCUGCGGGCCCCCGCCAGAGCAUCGCCGCGCGGGCGGGCCCUGAGGCGAGCAUGGGCCGCGCGCUGCUCUACCCAACCUAGAAGAGGCUCGGCAGCGGCACGAGCAAGCUCGCCGCGGCGGCCGUAAGCAUGAAGAAGAUGGGGCUCCGCUCCGGCGGCGCGCGCUGCGUGGAGCCCGGAGGCCGGAUCGUCAAGUACACGCCUUGCUCGCGGCAGGACAUGCGCGUCAACGACGACCUGGACGAGAUCGCGGUCGUCAGCAACGCGGCGCCCGAGAACGUCAAGUACGGCGCCGGCGGCGGCGGUUCGCUCACGACCAACGGACCCAGGGUGGUGCCAGGAAUCAUCACCUCCGCUGGCGGUGAGCGCCUCGAGCGCCGCUCGUCGCCCCUGUACACGGGUCGUUCCUCGGAGAACAUCAAGUCGGCUUCGUCACGACAGUCGCUGCUGGAGACCGUAGCGGGUAAGCUGCAGCACCGCGGAUCAGUGUCAGCCGCCGCCGCCGACGGUGUCCGGUCCCGCCCGAGCCUGGCCUUCAUCAACCGCGCGCACGUCAGCUCCGACCUGGAGAUACCGCGCAAGACGCGCGAGCUGCGCCGCCGGGAGAUUAAGCGCGAGUUCGAGAAGUGGGACGUGACGGGAGGAGGCGUCGGAGGCGGCAGCGGUGGCGGCGGCGGGGCGGGAGACCGCUCCCGCUGCAAAUGGACCUUUGUGUUCGACCCGUCGGGACGCCUCUGCUACUACUGGUCCAUGGUGGUGAGCGUGGCGUUCCUCUACAACUUUUGGGUCAUCAUCUACCGCUUCUCCUUCUGCGAGAUCAGCGCGUCCAGCAUAUUCGUCUGGUUCGCGCUUGACUACCUCGCCGACUUCCUGUACGUGCUGGACAUACUUUUCCACUUCCGGACGGGCUUCCUCGAAGAAGGUGUUUUACAGACCGACUCAGAGAAGCUGCGCGCGCACUACAUGAACUCAACCAUGUUCUACAUCGACGCGCUUUGCCUACUGCCGCUCGACUUCUUGUAUCUCUCCAUCGGCUUCAACUCGAUCUUGCGCUGCUUCCGCCUCGUUAAGAUCUACCGGUUCUGGGCCUUCCUGGACCGCACCGAGCGGCACACCAACUACCCGAACGUGUUCCGCGCCGUGAACCUGACGCACUACGUGCUGGUGAUUUUCCACUGGAACGCCUGCCUGUCGCAUAUCAUCUCGACGACAGACGGCUUCGGCUCUGCCGGCUGGUUCCGUAGCAGCUCGUGCGAGGCGAGCGACGUGCUGUGCGAGUACCUGCACGCCUUCUACUGGAGUACGCUGGCGCUGACCACCAUCGGCGACCUGCCGCGGCCGCGUACGAAGGGAGAGUACCUGUUCCUCGUCGUGCAGAUUGUGCUCGGUUUGUUUCUCUUCGCGGCCGUCUUGGGCCACGUGGCCAAUAUUGUGACCAACGUCAGCGCGGCCCGGAAAGAGUUCCAAGAAGAUGUGAGGACACCUCCAUGGCACUACAUGCCGCCCGAGCCAGCAAGCAGCAGCAGCCUGCGGUGAAAACGCCGCCUGACACCUACGUUUCGCUACUACCGAAGUGGAGGCCUCCGACGAUGUAGGUGCUUCAGACUCCAUAGCGGUAUACGUGCUGCCCGAGCC